CAAAGAUUCACCAGCUUAAAUGGAACUGUGAACAUGUUUGAGCUAACACUUUUUUCCACUUGUGACCGGUGAACGAGGAGCUACUAUAGCACUGCUCUGUAAGUCAGUGUGUUGCCAUGGCGUCAAAUGCCAGCCACAUGUUGGAGGCUGCCUUGGAGCAAAUGGACGACAUUAUAGCUGGCAAAAUGGGUGAAGGGUUGUUCAGCGCUCUCAUGCGACUAGAAGGCCAGGAUUACCAAUCAUCAGAGUGUACAUCUCAGCUGACCCUCUACCCUCCUGUUAACCCUGCCCUGAAAGCUCUUCAGCUGACCGAGGCCCUCAGAAAAGUGCUGGAGGAUCAGAAGAGUGAAGAAGAACAGAACUCUCUUAGGAGACAAGUCUCCACUGAUACAGCACAUGUCAUACUGAAAUGGCUGGACAAAAAAGAGGUAAACCACCAGUCACCUGGCAGUAGAGAGUCCUACCAGGAGCGGUUAUUACGUCUGGAGGGAGACAAAGAGUCUCUAAUUCUGCAGGUGAGUGUGCUGACAGACCAGGUGGAGGCUCAGGGAGCCAAGAUCAGCGAUCUGGAGAACUCUCUGGUGGAGCAUCAGCUCAAACUCGACUCCACUGAGGAGAUGUUACAACAAGAGCUCCUGCAUAGGACGUCCCUGGAGAACCAGAAGCUGAGUCUUAUGGGGGAGGUGUCCUACCUGAAAAUAAAGCUGGCAGACAUGGAGGGAAAACAGAACCACGGGGCUGAACGGCAGCACAAGGCAGAGGGCCUGCUGAAGGAGCUCAGGAUUCUCAAGGACAAAGUGGAGGACCUGGAGGAUCAGAAACUACAGUACGAGAAGAAACUCAAAGUGACAAAGGCGGAGAUCAGCAGCCUUCAGCAGCUUCUGCUCUGCAAGAAUGCUGAGAUCGAGAGCUUGCACACUCAGCUCCUGGCCAGACCCUCUCUAUCCACUGAGAGCUCAGAGAGAGAUCAGGAACUGCAGAGGCUCAGGAGUGGAAUGAAAUCACUCUUAGCAGACAAUGACGAGAAGGACCGACGUAUAGAGGAGCUCACACUGCUCCUGAAUCAGUGCAAGCAAUUCAGAGAGGUCACUCACAGCACAAGGCAAGCUCCACCUGCUGUUCGUUUAUUGUCCAAUGGUAGGACUCCAUCAAGCAGCAGCGAGGAGGAAGAGCAUGGACUGAUGAAGAAUGCUGACUCAGCCAGUGCAAAAUCUGAGGAUGUCAAAUCUGAAGCUUCCACAAAUAGUUCUUCCUCCCAUCAAACAUCUGUUUCAUCAGCCCAGAAGGACAGUGAUUCCAGAACAGAGUCACAGACUUUAUCAAGCAGCAUGAAUGACCUGACAAAUGGAACUCCACAAAAGAGUACUCUGGGUGACAUCAGGAGUCAGACUCUGCCUGUGAACUCCUCUCUGUCGGAGCAGAAUGGAACCGUAGACAGCAACAGUGAAAUCCAGAGUCAACGGUCUCCUGAUGGGAGUGAAGAUGACGACUCUGGCCAAAGAAAGCUGGAGAAGGUUGAUGACAGCACUUCCAGUGAUAAUUCCCCCGUUCACUCUGGAGCAAAUACACAGUCCGGCCAGCGCACUGUGGGCUCACCGGAAUACAUGAAGAACAACAGAAGCUUCAAAAGACUGUGGGGAAAACUUCGAAGAACCCAGUCUGGUGGGCUUCAGGCAGCAGAUCCAGACGGUGGUCAGUUCAGAAGAGGGGGACUUCGUGCUACAGCUGGACCCAGGCUGACCAGGACCCCUGAAUCAUAUAACUCUGCACGCGAUAUGAAUAUUCCAUUCAGCCAGUGGACCAAGGAGCAGGUGUGCAGCUGGUUAGAGGACUAUGGACUAGGCCAGUAUGUCAGUCUCAGCAGACAGUGGGUUGAAAAUGGACAAACACUCCUGUCUGGUUCGGCCCAGGACUUUGAGAAGGAGAUGGGUAUGAGGCAUCCUCUGCACAGGAAGAAGCUGCAGCUGGCUCUGAGUGCUUUCACUACUAAAGUUGUAGAGAAAUCAUCUGAGCUGGACCACAUCUGGGUCACACGUUGGCUGGAUGAUAUCGGUUUGCCUCAGUAUAAAGACAACUUCCAUGAAGCUCGAGUGGAUGGUCGAAUGAUUCAAUACCUCACAGUGAAUGACCUCUUGACGCUCAAGGUUACCAGCCAGCUUCAUCAUCUCAGUAUUAAAUGUGCCAUCCAUGUGCUUCAUGCCAACAAGUUCAACCCAAACUGUCUACGACGCAGACCAGGGGAAGAGAGACAGCCCUCUCCCUCAGAGGUGGUGCAGUGGUCUAACCAUCGUGUGAUGGAGUGGCUCAGAGCAGUGGAUCUGGCUGAGUUUGCUCCUAAUCUGCGGGGCAGCGGUGUUCAUGGUGGGCUGAUUAUCCUGGAGCCUCGUUUCAGUGCAGAGACUUUGGCCCUGCUGUUAAAUAUUCCUCCACAGAAGACUUUGCUUCGCCGCCACCUCGCCACUGCCGUCUCGACACUGGUUGGGCCUCAGGCCACGCAGGAGAAGAGAGAGUACGGCAACGCCACAGGCCAUGUGCCCCUCACCACCACUGCUAAAGUUAAGCCAAAGAAACUCGGCUUUACUCAAUUCAGUCACCUGAGAAAGAGGAAACCUGAUGAGUCUGCAGACUAUAUCUGCCCAAUAGACAGUGGAACACUGACAGUGAAUGGGGUUUCCCGCAUGAUGCCCUCUGCAGCUAUCAGGGGCCUCAGCCCCAGCUUGGACCGACAGGCUGAGAGGAGGGAGCCAGUUGGAAUAAAGGCUCAGGCUAAUGGCCCAAAACUGUAAUUUUAAAUUACAGUAAGAAACCCAAUCAUCCCCAUAGCGCUCCCAUCUCGCUGCCUUUGAGAAUUAUAGGAAGUUCAAAUGCAGAAGACUUCUUGAAUCCUGGUGGUGAUUUGCAGGAUGGGCAGUUAGAAUGCUGUGUUAAGCAGCCACUGUUAACUGUUGAUAAUGUAUUUUUCUUUGGAUGUUGCUUGAAUUCUAUUAGUGUAAACUAUGAUGAAUAUUGAGAUUGUGUGAAUUGUUAAAUGAAGCUGCUCUCUGCAUUCCUUAAACAGUUGGAUUCCAUCGCUCAACUUUAGCUUUAAAACUAUGCAUUUUACUGACUAUUUUGUAUCUAAACUUCUUAGUUUUGUAGUUUUCUUGUUAUCUUUUUGAAUGGCUGUACAGUUACAUUGUCAACCCAAGAUUGUUGAAGAAUGCUUCUCAAUUAUUUUCUGUAUAACAGACAAAAAAAUCAGAAAUUAAACAUUUUGAUUCUUCAUGGUACUCUUCUUUUUCUGCUCAUUUAAAUAUUCAUUGGUAGGGUUCUCCAACCCACAUUGAACACCCAAA